GACGCAACAGGUGGGCGUGGCCUGCAGUGACCUCACCUGUCUCUCAGGUGAUUUAAUCUGCGACAACAAAGAGCUGCUGAACACGGAAGUGACUCAUUGUUCCUGCAAAGGUGAGUCGAUCCGACUUGUUUAAACCAGAUCCAGAUCCAGAUUCAGGUGCACAUCCGGAUCAGAGGACGCAAUGAACCCACACGCACUUGGUGUCCUGACCCUCUGUCUCCUGCUCGGGCCCGGCCUGGCUCUGAACUGUACCUGGGACAGCUCCAUCGAUCCGGAUCAGGUCCAGGACGGAGACUCUGGGUUCGUCCUGGGAGAAGCGGAGGCGUUGGACCCGCAGAGGUGCCAGGAGAAGUGCUGCGCUGAGUCGGACUGUGACGUCGCUGUGGUCGGGUACCCGGCGGACGGAGGGCCGCAGUGUGAGCUGUGGAGCUGUGGGAACCAGAACCAGAACCAGAACCGGCAAGUGUGCGUUUUCAGGCGCAGCUCCCAGUUCCAGGUUUUCCGCAAGCAGGGGAAGAAAGUUGACUCGAGCCCGGAGAAGCUGCACAUCCUCCCGCUGCUGAGCUCCACUGAUCCGCCAAGCAACCACGUUCUGUGUCGUCUGCCGGUGAAGGUGGGGUUGUGCCGUGCUGCAUUCCCGAGGUUUUUCUACAACGUGACAGAACAGAAAUGUCGCAGCUUCGUGUACGGAGGCUGCGAGGCCAACGGCAACAACUUUGAGUCUGAAGACGAGUGCGAGUCAACCUGCAGCGGCGUUACAGGUUCAGUUCUCCCUCCUGACUCAACCCCUCCUCCAGUUGAACGUCAUGUCAAAGCAGCUCGAAUGGUUCCAGCCGUCGACACAAGUGCAGCUGAGUCUGAACCUGCUGUCACAGAGUCCGUUCACCCUCAGUACACAGAUAUGUCGGCUGAUGAAUAUGCAGAGCGGUGUGGGGCCGAGCCUCAGGCGGGUCCCUGCAGGGCAGCGUUUCAGCAUUGGUUCUACAACCGCCACACAGGUACCUGUCAAUCAUUCAUCUAUGGAGGCUGCAGAGGAAACAAGAACAACUACAUCAGCGAGGAGAGCUGCAUGGCUGCGUGUACAGUGUCCGUCCUGCCGUCCUCUAAGAAAUCAGCUGAUGAUGUUUCCACAGAAAAUAAAGAUGAGUGUCUGUUGACCCCUGACCCUGGUCCGUGUCGAGCUGCAUUCCCAAAGUUCUUCUUCAACCACAACACUGGCACCUGUCAGUCAUUCUUGUACGGUGGUUGCCAUGGAAACCUGAACCGUUACGGCACCUUGGAGGAGUGUAUGAGCCACUGCAGUCAAGACGGUUCGUUUGACACUCGUGGGAAAAGCCGUAACCGCUGGACUGCAGCGUUCUUCCUCUUCAUCACUCUGGCCGCCAUAUCCGCUCUGCUGCUGGUGACGCUCGUCCUCGUCUCUCUGAGACGUCACCGUCUGUCCCACCGUCCCUCCAUCAGUGAUAAAGAGGAGCUGCUUCCUAGUGACCAGUCGUCUGUUGAGUCUCUGACUCCGCCAGAGAGUCCCAGACCAGACCAGGCCUGAGGAGGGGCCACAGAGGGUCUGGGUCUGGGGCCACAGAGGGUCUGGGGCCACAGAGGGUCUGGGUCUGGGGCCACAGAAGGUCUGGGGCCACAGAGGGUCUGGGGCCACAAACAAGACUUUUCUUCAACAAUCUUUUCUUUAACGAUCUUUUCUUUAAUGUUCUUUUUUUUUUUAAAGUUCUUUCUUUCUGGAGUCUUUCCUUUAACAAGACUUUAACAGUUUUUUUCCUUCAUUCAGUUUUAUCUCAUGAUCACUCGUCUGUUUUAUGUUGACACUAAGAUCUUUUAAACUUUAAAUGGUCAUUUAAAGUCAUAAUGAAGUAAAAUAUGAAUCACUUGUUUUUAGUUUCAUGUGACCUAAACACGUCACAUGACGUAAACCGUUGGUCUUAAAUUGUCACUCUUCACUUUAUGAUUAUCGCUUCUCAGUUUUUAUAUUUUAUGAAUAAAUGAUUAAAUAUUUAAUCAGGCGUUUGUUGAUGUGUGUUGACACCACUUAAAAACAUGACGUCAAAUUAAACUCAAGAAAAAAACUGUAAUCUACAAGUUUUUUAAUUUGAAAUGAUCAGAAAUCAAAAGUUUUUAAACAUUUAAUACUCAAGUUUCAGUCUGAACAUUGGAGUCUACAUGUCCCAUAAUGCACCUGGACAGUGUGGACUGCGAAGACAGUUGGUCCAUUGAUCUUUUUGUAUUUAUUGAUAAUUAUUGAGCAUUUACUUUUCAAUGUCACUUUGAUCUGCAUGUGAGGUUUUCCUCAGAAACUUUUAUUUUGACAUUUAGUUUUGUAAAAUCUUGCAGUGGAAUCACGUGAACUUAGUUCAAUCAUUAGUUUAUAACAUUAUGAUAAAAGUAAUAAUAAUAAGACUUGUGUUAAAGCAAAGAUCAGUGUUUCUGUUUAUCGAUAAAACAUGAACCACUGAAGAUCUGUUUUGAAGGUUUAUUUCAAAUAAUAAAAGUUCAAUUAGAAUGAAAAUUAAAUCCCAGUGACUUUCUACAAAUAAAUGUUUAACAAACAUGUUUUCUCAUGAGGAUCAGAUUUUUAAGAGAAACAUCUUCAAACAGGCAGAAAAAUGUAACGUGUUUGAAAUUUUACUGAAAGAUGAAAUCUCAUUUUCAUAUUUAUUAUUCAAUUAUUCAUAAUCAGUGUGUUGAGUUUAAUCUGUGAUUCAUGAUAAUUGAAGCUGGUUACUGAUUUGACCUGUAAUAAAUUAACUGUUGAUUCA